CAAUUAUUUAGAUAUGUAUAUAUUUAUAUGUUAACAUUAUUUUAUCGAUUAUUAUAUAUUUAUUUAAGUAUAUAUUUGUCUUUAGUGUCAGGUGGAAGUAUAGCUGGUAGGACUGUGUUUUAUAUUUUAUAUAUUUGGUAUGGAGAAAUAUAUGCAAUAGCAUCUUCUGUUUCGAAUGAAAAUGAUUCCUUAUCAUUCGAACAAUACCAAAGUUAUCGCUCCCAACACCCGGGACCUCUCUCAGAGAGGUCCUUCAAUAAAUGGAAACGUAAUGGCGGUAUGGAUGAGCCCUCCUUUAAAUGGAGGGCUCAUCCAUACCGGGGUGUUGGGAGACACCGAAGAAAAAACAGCAACCAAAAGGUUGUAAAUGUCUUCUAUCAGUAGAGAUAUUUAUGACUUU